AUGAUGAGCCAGUACAGUAUGGCGCAACCAGACCAUGCUUUCAAGACUUCUACAAUGUCAAACAGUCCUUGGAACCCAGCUCGCAAUUCCUAUACCGAACCUUCGGUACAUGGAAGCUUCGACAAUAGCUUCUACUCAUCACAAAGGUAUGGUGAUUCUCGGAACAAUACCACCUCGGACAUUUUAGUAACAUUGGCCAAUUCAAGUCUCAACUACUCCGCUAGCAACUAUAACUUAGCUGGUGGUCUCCCUAUUGGUACCAACGGUCAACUGUCGCGCCCCGAGUCAGCCUAUCCUGCGGCUCCCUCGUAUGGUGCUCGUCCUCCUUCAGGAUCAUAUGGAAAGCCUGUCGGACAUGGCUCUUAUAAGGCACCGGCAUCGCAGUCUUGGGAGAACCAGGAUCGAUACUCGCCUACCGACUCGGUGGACGAUAUUAUCGCAUCCCCCAACCUGUCCGAUUACUCCAUGGAAAAUGGUAUGAGCAAUGCUGCCCCAGGAGGAAAGGCCAAGUCUACUGGAAAAGGCCGAUCACAGAGACGACCGUCGAACCGUGACGAGUUCGACGGCCCUCAUCAGUUCUUGCAGCGACCGCCCCCGGAUGUCAUUGCUAUGCAGGAACGGGAGCUUCCUCACCUCCCUACCAACCUUCAUGUCCAGGAGCAGGACAGUGUUUUAAGCCAGGUGAACGACCGACUUUCGCAGUGCGCCUUCGAUUUCGUUGCCAAGUACCAGUUCCCGAUUCCUCUGACCCAGGACAUGAGACCUGUCGAGCGACCGCAGGACCGAGAAUGGACCGAGUGGGUUUAUCUCCUCAAGCGGCUCGCAACGAAGCGACGUAUCCCAGCGAGAGUGCUCUACAACGGACAGAUUAAGCAGUUUGUUACGAUUCUCGAGAACUCCCUCGAAAUGAGACAUGCCGCCAAACAUCAGAGUCGACCUCUCAAGGACGACCGCAACAUCCUUCAGCUGAUCUCGGCCGGUAUUCAAGUGGCCAAGAUCCUGAAGGAUGCGUCGGCUAUGGACUACCUAGACCGACUAUACGUUUCCACAGACAAGCAGAUCCAAGACCGUGCCGCCACGCGGUACCGAGCUUAA